AUGUCGAUGAAUUCAAUUCCUUUUCUUCGCAAGUUCAAUUUAUUACAACUUCGCAUUCAAAUUCGUUUCUAUACCCGUCGUCGUGACCCUUUUCCCACAAAAAUUUGUCACUACCUAAACCGUGCAAAGCUUAUAGAUUCAAUUCGACUUUCUCUACGCUCUAAUAACCCUAAUUCCACACUCCCCACUCUCAUAAGCCACCGUUUAUUCGACUCUUUUGUUGUCACUCAUGCACUUCGUUCUGCACCUUGUGCAGAUUCUGCACUUUCCCUCAUUUAUACUCUUGAGAAAACAGAAAGUACCAAUUUUUCCCAUACCCAGAAUACCCUUCAUGCUCUUGCCACUGUGCUGGCAAAAUCUGGUAAGUGUGAUGAGCUUAAAUCCCUCAUUGAUGAUAUCCAAAGAAAACGGUUUGGAAAUGUUAAGAUCAGUUUUAUGAAUUUAAUGCAGUGGUAUGCUGCAGCUAGGGACAUUGGUUCGGUUCUCGAGGUUUGGGAUCGGUAUAGACUUGAUGCAAUGAACCGUGUAUGUACCGAAUCUUAUAACAUUGUUAUGUCUCUUUAUGUAGAAUUGGGUAGGGACUGUGAGGCUGUUGGAGUUUUUUGUAAAAUGGUUGAUGAAGGGUCGGUUCCUAAUUGUAGAAGCUUUAGUAUAAUAAUUGAGCACCUUGUGAAAUCAGGCAAGUUUUUUGAAGCCAUUGAGGUUUUUAAUUUGUUGCCUUUGAUGAGGAUUAAACGUACAAUGAAACAGUACUCGGUUCUAAUUGAAGGUUUGGUUGGUAGUAAAAUGUUUGAUGAAGUUGGAGUUUUAGUUACUGAGAUGCAAGUUGAUGGAAUAUUACCUAGUCGAACUGUGAGUUUGUUAUUGAAGCAGGUGAAGGAUGAAGGAUUUCUUAAGGAUAUGGAUGAAUUGUAUACAGAAAUUUGCCCGGAUGAAAGAAUCAAGAAUGUAAGAUAUGCUAAUGAUAGUAGUGAUGAGGAUGAGGAUGAGGAAGAGGGCGAAAAUGAAAAUGGGAAUGGUGAUUUGCAAUGUGAUCAUGUAAAUGCGAUCCGCUUAAAACCCUGGCUAGAUCCGCGGUCUCUGGCUAGUGCCUUACAGAACUGGAGUCCUGAUGAGGUAUCAGCACUAGAGGAUGCAAAGUUUGUAUGGACAACUAGAUUGGUGUGCAAGAUACUUAGAUGUUUCAAUAAACCAGAUACUGCGUGGAAUUUCUUCUGCUGGGUUGCGGAUCAACCUGGAUUUACUCAUAAUAUAUACACGGUGCAAAGAAUUAUGACCUUUCUAGCUCGCCAUGGACGUACUGAGUUAGUUGAUAAACUCACCUCCAAGAUCAGAAUGGAAGGAAUGAGACUACCAUUUAGCACCUUAAGGUUAAUCAUUGACUUUUAUGGGAUUUCAAAAAAUGCUGAUGCUGCUCUGAAGGUUUUCAACAAUGAUCGAAUACUUUGUGGGUCUAUAUCAAAAGUUAACAUGAUGCUUCUGUUUUCAUCUCUUUUAAGAACGUUAACCAAGUGUGGUAAGGAUUCCGAUGCCCUGGAAAUGCUUGAUGAGAUGAUUUUAAAUGGAAUUUGCCCAGAUAUCCAAACAUUUUCAGGUCUAAUGCAGUAUUUUUCACAACUUGGUGACAUUAAAACUGCACAGACACUCUUUUCAAUGCUCAGACAGAGUGGUUUUGAACCAGACGCAUAUCUGUUUAAGGUACUAAUCGAAGGUUAUUGCAAGUCCAAAAGAGCUGCACUGGCUUGGAGGCUAUUUGAAGACAUGAAGAAUUCGGGUUUGAUCCCUGAUUUUGCCACCAAAGAGUUGCUUGUGAAGAGCCUCUGGAGAGAAGGGAGACGGAGAGAGGCUGCAGCAGUAGAAGAGAGCUGUGAGGAAGUGAAUAUGGCCCUUCCACCUGCAUUACCUGGUCAUGUAUGGACUGUCAGUUCUGCAGAUCUCACGAGAGUUUUUAACAUUUAUUCAAAUUGUUUUACUUCAAAAGGUGACUAG